AUGGCUGAUACACAAUUGGAAUUUAUGAAAGUAUGUACAGCUGCUUUAAAAACUCAAAAUGUUACUGAUGUCAGUGAGUGUGAAGCAAUCGGCAUUACUGUGACCAAUAAGUUAGGAAGAAUGGAUCCAAUUCAAAUGGUUUAUGCCGAAUCGAUAAUAAAUACACUUUUACGUAGAGACUUACUUAAUACAUUGACAGAUGACACAAAUGUAUGCGAUAAUAAAUGUUUUUCUCAUUUGCUUUCUAUCCCAUCAACACAUAAUGCCGCACCAUCUCUAACAUCUAACCACUAUCAAAAUGUAACUCGGACAUAUCCAUUGGAGUAUACAGCCACACCUUCACGCCCAACACCACAAUACUAUACAGAAGAAAUGUCAUCUCAUGGUCCACCUUCAACUCCAGAUUCAUAUGCAGAAGAAAUGUCAUCUCAUGGUCCACCUUCAAUUCCAGAAUGUACAGAUGAUUCAUCGUUUAUAGAAAACAGCAAUCAACUUGGAAUUUUAAAAAAAAUUUAUGAAAGUAUAGGUUCAGAAACUUCAAAAAGUCAUCUAUAA